AUGUAUACAGCUGAGGCUACAUCAGGAUCGAUGGAAAUUGGUGAUGCAAACCUAAAUGGAGCACAUGAAACCGCUGGUCCAACCAGCUAUGAAUAUCUGAUUAUAGGUCACAAUCACCCUCUGUAUCUCCAUCCGAAUGACACUCCAGUUUUGUCCUGGAUAAUGAAUGUUAUUACACCUGGAUUAUUGAGUAGUAUUGUUUAUGCUGGUGAUGCACACAAGGUAUGGAGUGAUCUGAAAGAAAGAUUUGACAAAAUUAAUGGGUGUUAUUGUGCUGAAUCAAAAAGGUUCCAAGAACACUUUGAAUACCAGAGAUUGCUUAAGUUUCUUAUGGGACUGAAUGAGUUCUAUUCAACUGCUAGAGGUCAGAUAUUGAUGCAGAAUCCAAUUCCCAACCUAAACAAAGCUUACUUUCUGAUAGUAGAUCAUGAAAGCCAAAGAAACUUGGCAAGUUCAUAUCAUGAAAGUGUUACCUCUAAAAUGGUUGAAUGCACUGCUCUAUUCAGUAAAAAUGGGGGAAAUGGUCCUAAUCAAGGUGGCAACUUUGGCCAUCAACCAGGAGUGAAAGGCUAUCCAGUUGGAUGGAAGUCAAAGAAGAAGAGGGAACAAUUCAAUUCUAAUUCAUAUGCUAAUCAAGCUGAGGUUACCCAAUGUGGAGGUCCAAAUUCCACAGGUGACACACCUUCACCUACAGCCUUAUUCACACAGGAUCAGUACCAUCAUAUCCUGCAGAUGCUGGCUAGAAGAGGUGAAAAUGGAAGAGAACACUCAGCUAAAGCAGCUACAGCAGGUAGUGCUCUAUCUGUUUUAGUCUCUAAAUAUGUAGAUAAAAGUUGGAUAGUUGAUACUGGAGAAACAAACCAUAUGAUUUCUAAUACUGAACUUCUAAAUAACUUUCACACUGUAUCACCAUCUAAAAGGAGACAAGUAAUGUUACCCACUGGAAAUGUUGUGUCAGUCUCACAUAUUGGUAGUAUAAACAUUCUUGGGAAUCAAUCCAUUGGAAAUGUUCUAUUUGAUCUCUUCAGUGGUCAGGUCAAGGGGAUUGGUAAAGAGGAUCAAGGGCUCUACAUUCUGAAGGAAGGUUCUCCAAAGGCAGAAGUCAAUGGUUGUUCAACUCAGUUCCAAGGUGUAGCUCCUACAAACUCCACAAGUAGCAGUGUCAUCCCAACUGGCAGACCUACUACAACUACUCUAUGGAAUCUAAGACAAGGCCAUGUACCUGUAGAUAUAAUAAAGAAAUCAUCCAGUAUUGAGGUUCUAGAUAAUGAAUAUUCUACUUGUACAGUUUUCCCACUUGCUAAGCAAACUAAACUUCCUUUCCCAGUUCACAACUUAUUCUCCACAACUGUGAAUACUCUGAGAACUGAUAAUGGCUGUGAGUUCCUUAGUAUUGUAUUUCAGAACAUGCUGUCUACACUUGGCAUUCUUCAUCAGACCACUUGUGUUUAUACUCCUCAACAAAAUGGAGUUACUGAGAGGAAGCAUAAAACUAUCCUGGAGAUGGCCAGGGCACUCAAGUUCCAAUCCUCUGUACCCUUAAAAUUCUGGGGUGAGUGUGUCACUACUACAGUCUACCUUCUUAACAGAAUCCCCUCAAAACUCCUUCAGUUCAAAACUCCAUUUGAAAUGCUUCACUUACAUUCCCCUUCUUUAGCUCACAUUAAAGUCUUUGGUUGCCUUUGCUAUGCCACAGUCCCACAUAUCCUUGACAAAUUCUCUCCUAGAGCCAUACCAGCUGUCCUUAUGGGUUACUCCUCAUCAAAAAAGGGGUACCUCCUGUAUGAUCUCCACUCUAAAUCCUUUUUUGUAAAUAGAUAUGCAGUGUUCAAAGAAGAUAUUUGUAACACCCCCUAA